GGGUGUAUGUAAAUUGCUGGAAUCAAAGUUUACACAGGUGGGACAAAUAGGCUACCAAGACCCACUGCCCACAAACCCCGGUGUGAAGAAACCUAGGGAAAGGAGAUAAACUCUUCCUUUCUUGUAUGGGAUCUCACCGACUUCCUCUCCGCGCAACCUCUGGAUUUAGCGUCUCCAAACAGACCGCCCACUCUUUGUAACAAGAAGUCAUUACUGGUUUGUCUAUUUCUUCCUCCCCCAAGAACUUUUUGUCCGAGGGAGGGUGAGUGAGGUCGAGGUAAUGAGAACUGGGGAUCAAGAAGGAAAUUAUCCACAAAGGGGAGGGGGUGAGGAGUGUAGGAAAGUGUUAGGGUCGGUACUGAAGCUCUGAGACUUUGGGGCCGCUCCACGCUCUCCCCGCUCCAGCCUUCUGCAGCCACCCUUUACGCAACGGACACGGGAGAGUUAAGCCAAUAAACACGUAAGCGCCGCUCCCUCCCCAAUCGGCAAGAUGCCUCUUAGGCUCUUGGCUGCAUCGAGAGCUUGCAACACUCGGCAUCUUUUCUGGAGGCGCCUCCUUCAGCGGCUGCAGAUGGUAUCCGGCUGCGAGCUCAGGGCUCGCAAUUGAUUCUCCUCCUUGCCCACCUCGGGUCCACGGACGCACCUCUCCUUUCCCCUCCUCCCCUAGCACUCCUGGGUCUGAGCCCAGCUCGCGAUCGCCGAGCAGAGGAAGCAGUCGCGGCGGCGGAGGCUGAGCAGCAUCGCCCGCUCCCUGAUUUGGGGAGAAGCGCCCAUCCCAGGGAGCCGACCCUCAGCUGCCUCCAGCGCCCCCCAUCUUUUGCACCCCUAGCCCAGGGCUCCAAGGACCACCCCCCUCCUCAGGCGCCACCAUGCUGGACCCUUCGUCCAGCGAAGAGGAAUCGGAUGAGAUCGUGGAGGAGGAGAGCGGCAAGGAGGUUCUCGGUUCGGCCGCGUCCGGCGCGCGCCUGUCCCCUAGCCGCACCAGCGAGGGCUCGGGCGGCGUUAGCGGCGCCGGGCUUGGGGGUGGCGGCGGUGCAGGCGCCGGAGCCGGGGUGGGCGCCGGCGGCGGUGGGGGCAGCGGCGCAAGCGGCGGUGGCGGGGCCGGGGGGCUGCAGCCCAGCAGUCGCGCCGGUGGCGGUCGGCCCUCCAGCCCCAGCCCGUCGGUGGUGAGCGAGAAGGAGAAGGAGGAGUUGGAGCGGCUGCAGAAGGAGGAGGAGGAGAGGAAGAAGAGGCUGCAGCUCUAUGUGUUCGUGAUGCGCUGCAUCGCCUAUCCCUUCAACGCCAAGCAGCCCACCGACAUGGCUCGCCGGCAGCAGAAGAUCAGCAAACAGCAGCUGCAGACAGUCAAGGACCGGUUUCAGGCUUUCCUCAAUGGGGAAACCCAGAUCGUGGCUGAUGAAGCCUUCAUGAAUGCUGUCCAGAGUUACUAUGAGGUAUUCCUGAAGAGUGACCGUGUGGCCCGUAUGGUGCAGAGUGGGGGCUGCUCCGCCAAUGACUCCAGGGAGGUCUUCAAGAAGCACAUCGAGAAGAGGGUGCGCAGCCUGCCUGAGAUUGAUGGCCUCAGCAAGGAGACUGUGCUGAGCUCCUGGAUGGCCAAGUUUGAUGCCAUCUACCGUGGGGAAGAGGACCCCAGGAAGCAGCAGGCCCGGAUGACAGCCAGUGCAGCCUCCGAGCUGAUUCUGAGCAAGGAGCAGCUCUAUGAGAUGUUCCAGAACAUUCUGGGGAUCAAGAAGUUCGAACAUCAGCUCUUAUACAAUGCAUGCCAGCUGGACAAUCCAGAUGAGCAAGCAGCCCAGAUCAGACGAGAGCUGGAUGGACGUCUCCAAAUGGCAGACCAAAUAGCCAGGGAGCGCAAAUUUCCCAAGUUUGUAUCCAAAGAAAUGGAAAACAUGUACAUUGAGGAGCUGAAGUCAUCAGUCAACCUGCUCAUGGCCAACUUGGAGAGCAUGCCAGUGUCCAAAGGUGGCGAGUUCAAGCUGCAGAAACUGAAACGCAGCCAUAAUGCUUCCAUCAUCGACAUGGGCGAAGAGAGUGAGAACCAGCUCUCCAAAUCAGAUGUUGUGCUGUCUUUCUCCCUGGAGGUGGUGAUCAUGGAAGUCCAAGGCCUCAAAUCCUUGGCUCCCAAUCGCAUUGUAUAUUGCACAAUGGAGGUGGAAGGAGGAGAGAAACUACAGACUGACCAGGCUGAGGCUUCUAAACCAACCUGGGGUACCCAGGGUGACUUCUCGACCACCCACGCACUGCCAGCUGUGAAGGUGAAACUGUUCACAGAGAGCACAGGGGUUCUGGCCUUGGAGGACAAGGAGCUCGGACGGGUUAUUCUCCAUCCCACCCCAAACAGCCCCAAACAGUCAGAGUGGCACAAAAUGACAGUCUCCAAAAACUGCCCCGAUCAAGACCUCAAAAUCAAACUUGCUGUCCGAAUGGAUAAGCCUCAGAACAUGAAGCAUUCUGGGUAUUUAUGGGCCAUCGGUAAGAAUGUCUGGAAGAGAUGGAAGAAAAGGUUUUUUGUACUGGUCCAGGUCAGUCAGUACACAUUUGCCAUGUGCAGUUAUCGGGAGAAAAAAGCGGAGCCUCAGGAACUUCUACAACUGGAUGGCUACACUGUGGACUACACGGACCCCCAGCCAGGUUUAGAGGGUGGCCGAGCCUUCUUCAAUGCAGUCAAAGAAGGAGACACCGUGAUAUUUGCAAGUGAUGACGAGCAAGAUCGCAUCUUGUGGGUCCAAGCCAUGUAUCGGGCCACUGGGCAGUCACACAAGCCUGUGCCCCCAACCCAAGUCCAGAAGCUCAACGCUAAGGGAGGGAACGUGCCUCAGCUGGACGCCCCCAUCUCCCAAUUUUCUGGACUGAAGGACGCAGAUAGAGCUCAAAAACAUGGCAUGGAUGAAUUUAUCUCUUCCAACCCCUGUAACUUUGACCACGCUUCCCUCUUUGAGAUGGUGCAACGCCUUACUUUGGAUCACAGACUUAAUGAUUCGUAUUCUUGCCUGGGCUGGUUCAGUCCUGGCCAGGUGUUUGUCUUAGACGAGUAUUGUGCCCGAAAUGGAGUUCGAGGGUGUCACCGACAUCUCUGCUACCUCAGAGACUUGCUUGAACGGGCAGAAAAUGGCGCCAUGAUUGACCCCACCCUCCUCCACUACAGUUUCGCCUUCUGUGCAUCCCAUGUCCACGGGAACAGGCCUGAUGGAAUUGGAACAGUGACUGUUGAAGAGAAGGAACGUUUCGAAGAAAUCAAAGAGAGACUCCGAGUUCUGCUGGAAAAUCAGAUUACACAUUUUAGGUAUUGCUUUCCAUUUGGUCGACCUGAAGGUGCUUUAAAAGCUACUCUAUCACUCUUGGAAAGGGUUUUGAUGAAAGAUAUCGUGACCCCAGUACCACAAGAGGAGGUAAAAACAGUCAUCCGGAAAUGUCUAGAGCAGGCUGCUUUAGUCAACUAUACCCGGCUAUCAGAAUACGCUAAAAUCGAAGGGAAAAAGAGAGAAAUGUAUGAGCAUCCUGUCUUCUGCUUGGCCUCCCAAGUGAUGGAUUUAACCAUUCAGAAUCAAAAGGAUGCAGAAAAUGUAGGCCGGUUAAUCACUCCUGCCAAAAAGCUGGAAGACACAAUCCGCCUUGCUGAGCUAGUCAUUGAGGUUCUCCAACAGAAUGAGGAGCAUCACGCAGAGGGAAAAGAGCCACAUGUUGAUAAAGGAGAAGCCUUCGCGUGGUGGUCAGACUUGAUGGUGGAGCAUGCCGAGACGUUCCUGUCACUUUUUGCAGUGGACAUGGAUGCAGCAUUAGAGGUGCAGCCCCCAGACACGUGGGACAGUUUUCCACUGUUUCAGCUGCUGAAUGAUUUUCUCCGUACCGACUAUAAUUUGUGCAAUGGAAAAUUUCACAAACACCUGCAAGACCUGUUUGCCCCACUUGUGGUUAGAUAUGUGGAUUUGAUGGAGUCCUCAAUUGCACAAUCCAUUCACAGGGGCUUUGAGCGGGAGUCAUGGGAACCAGUCAAGAGUUUAACCAGUAACCUACCCAAUGUGAACCUACCCAAUGUGAACCUUCCCAAAGUACCAAAUCUACCAGUUAACAUCCCUCUAGGCAUCCCACAAAUGCCUACUUUUUCGGCACCGUCAUGGAUGGCUGCUAUAUAUGAUGCUGAUAAUGGAUCAGGCACUUCAGAAGAUCUGUUCUGGAAACUCGAUGCCCUUCAGACCUUCAUUCGGGAUUUGCACUGGCCUGAGGAAGAGUUUGGAAAGCACCUAGAACAACGGCUGAAGCUGAUGGCAAGUGACAUGAUUGAAUCUUGUGUCAAAAGAACCAGGAUUGCAUUUGAAGUUAAGCUGCAAAAAACCAGUCGAUCAACAGAUUUUCGAGUCCCACAGUCAAUAUGCACCAUGUUUAAUGUUAUGGUUGAUGCCAAAGCUCAAUCAACAAAACUUUGCAGCAUGGAAAUGGGCCAAGAGCAUCAAUACCAUUCAAAAAUAGAUGAACUAAUUGAAGAAACUGUUAAAGAAAUGAUAACACUCUUGGUUGCAAAGUUCGUUACUAUCUUGGAAGGAGUACUGGCAAAAUUAUCCAGAUAUGACGAAGGGACUUUGUUUUCUUCUUUUUUGUCAUUUACCGUGAAGGCAGCUUCCAAAUAUGUGGAUGUACCUAAACCGGGGAUGGACGUGGCCGACGCCUAUGUGACUUUCGUCCGCCACUCUCAGGAUGUCCUUCGUGAUAAGGUCAAUGAGGAGAUGUAUAUAGAAAGGUUAUUUGAUCAAUGGUACAACAGCUCCAUGAACGUGAUCUGCACCUGGUUGACGGACCGGAUGGACUUACAGCUUCACAUUUAUCAGUUGAAAACACUAAUUAGGAUGGUAAAGAAAACCUAUAGAGAUUUCCGAUUGCAAGGGGUCCUGGACUCGACCUUAAACAGCAAGACGUACGAAACCAUCCGGAACCGGCUCACUGUGGAAGAAGCCACGGCAUCAGUGAGCGAGGGUGGGGGCCUACAGGGGAUCAGCAUGAAGGACAGCGAUGAGGAAGACGAGGAAGACGACUAGAAUGCUAGGGCCCGGAGUCCUCUAGGACAAAGUCCUGUAAUCAAUGCAUGUCCUUAGUCUGUUAGUUAACCCCACUAGGGAAUUUUCUGUCAACUACCAUGCUCAUGAAAUGUUUACCAGUACAAUUGCCAUUUUAGCUAUGUGGUUCCAAGAUUAGCAAAUGACUUCAAUCCCACUGAUUUCCUGAUUCCAUGUCUGUAUGUUUACAAGCAAUAUGGAGCACCAUUCUUUAAAUACCGUUCAUGGAAAAUACAUAGUCCAACUGCUAGGUGUGUUCCUGUUCUCAGCAGAGUUAAAUGAUGCUUCAUUAAUGUCCUGUGUCUGCAUUGACAGUAAAUGGAUGUGAGGGCAGGUAUACCAAGUAUUUCACUUCUUUGUUUCACAUUACGUGGAUGCCAGUUAUUUAAAUGAGUACAAUGAAUUAAUUUAAUUAAGACACAUAGAUCUGCUUUGUUUUUUUGGAAAACAAAAGGCAAGGCUCCGGCAACCAACUUUUGGUUCUUUGUGUUCCCCUGAAAUGAAAAAUGAACCCCCGGUUUCCUCGUUAACUCAUCCUUCCAUCGAUCCGCAUAGUUAGCCAGAAAAGGAUGGCUACAUACCAAUGGAUUGAUCCUCUCAUUUGCCACGGCAAGGGUGAUCCUAUCAUGAGUUAACACCAAGCACAGUUCAGAGCAACUGUCUUCUGUCAAAGUUUAUCCUAUUAAAUGUUACAUUUUGCUUUUAUGUUUCAAUAACCGUGUAUGUAAAAAACCUGAAUAUUUAAAUUACCACCCUAGACUCUAAAUGUGUUUAUAAUAAGAUAUGGGUAUUUCCUUCAGUAGAUUGUAACCAUAAUUUAAAUUAUUUUGUUCCACAGUUUUUUAUAUCUGUUAUGUACAUUGCAUUUUGAUCUGUAACUGCAUGACCCCUGGGGUCCUCUGCAGAGCUAUUUCUUUCUGUGUAAAGUAGUGGAUCCAUCUUGCUUUUGCCUUAUAUAAAGCCUACAGUUAUGAAAGUGUGGAAAACUGUGGCUUCUCAAUAAAUAACUAUUCAAAUGUCCU